AUGUGGUCGUAUGCUUUCGUAGACACACUCUGGUGGUUAACUGCCGUACGAUAUGACUGGUUGAAGUUGUACGAAACAAGAUGGCAGAUGCCACUGAUUAUGAUACUUGGAGCUCUUGUUGCAGGUAUGACUUCAGAAGGUGGUGGUGCUGUAGCGUUUCCUUUCAUGACUCUUGGGCUUCAUAUAGAACCUGUUACUGCCAGAGAUUUCUCACUUCUCAUGCAGUCCAUAGGAAUGAUGUGCGCACUAUUCGUUGUUGUAUUCAUGCGGGUACAAAUCGAGCAGAAAGCAGUACUCUUCGGAACUCUAGGCUCUAUUCCUGGUCUCAUUUUUGGCUUCAAAUUUUUUGAUCCACUUCUUGAUGCAAGUCAAAAGAAGAUGUUAUUUGUGUCAAUCUGGGCAUCAUUUGCUAUAGCUCUAUUCAUUUUAAAUUCGCACAAGAAAAGAAAAACGUAUCCUAAGAUACCGGACUUUAAACCUUGGAAAGCGGUAGUGCUCUCUGCUACCGGAUUUGUUGGAGGAAUCUUUACUGCCUUUGCUGGGUCCGGCGUAGACAUUUGCAUUUUUUCUAUGAUUACUCUACUCUAUAGGGUAACUGAAAAAACUGCUACUCCGACAACUGUUGUUUUGAUGGGUUUGAAUUCUAUGGUCGGAGGUUAUUACCGCCUCAUUUGGGAAGGUGAUGUUUCUAAACUUGCUUUAGAAUAUCUACAGGUUUCUAUUCCUGUCGGUGUUACUCUCGCCCCUUUCGGCAGCUUUCUUGGAUCUCAUUUUCACCGGCAGGUUCUAGCCUGUUUCGUCUACUUUCUCGAAGCGCUUUCCCUCGUCGGCUUUCUAAUCACUCGACCUCCUUUAAUUUUAAUCGGCUUUGGUGCUGCAAUCAUUCUCAUCGGUUUUGGAUUCUUCUCGACAAUCAGCAAAGCAGGAGAAAAACUAAUGGAAAAAAUUGAGGUUUGA